AUGCCCUCCCCCGACUCUUCCCCUCAUAAUCUACUUGCAACAGCGAAGAAUACUCCAUCCACUUCCACUCAGGCGCCUCCUCCACCUAUAACUGCAGCGGACCCAAAUGCAUCUAUUCACUCCAUAUUGACGGCGUCUAAAAAGGAUCCCCCCGCAAAUUCGCAACCUUGGGCGUCUAAUUCCUCUCUCCCAGUUGCACCAGCCGUCCAAUCUCAGUCGUCUGCUGGAAAGCGCAAACUAGAUGAAUCAGAAUCAGAGGAUCCCCACUCAAAGAUUCGUCGAAUCGUCCGUGACCAUGUAUCUCAAGAUCCUUCAAGGGUCAUGCCAAUGACAACCGUCAUUUGUUUACACGCCGCCGUCGCUCAGAAAUCCUAUGGUAGUGAAAAACGUUUCCUCUGUCCUCCUCCCGUCGUUCACAUCGAAGGUCCCGUCUGGCACAUGCGUACUCAACAACUUGCGAUGGCUGUUGUCUCUGAGAGUGGUGAACGCUCUUUUGAACAGAAAGCGCCCCUUGACAACAACAUGACUGCCAGCUUCAAGUUUCUGCAUGUCACUGGCACCGCAAAGGCCAAGAGCUUUCAGCUUUCUCUGGACAUCGCCGAACCCCCACCUCCAGCCUUGAAUCUCGAGGGCAGUGAUCCUCCCAGUGGACGCGUAUGGGCCUCAUUUGACUCCGCACCUGUUACCAUCAUUUCCAAGCCUUCGAAAAAGACCGCGAAAACUCGCAAUAUCUCCUCGUGUAUUCUCGCAGGUGGACCCGUUUCUCUUUUUAAUCGAAUCAACUCUCAGACUGUACGCACUAAAUACAUGACAAUUGACCAUGCUCAACUCUGUGCAAGCAACGUUGCUUGGUCUGCUUUCAACGUAAAUGUUGUUAGGAGGCCUUCCACCGUCGCGGCCGGUGGACCCCAGCCAGUCACAUACGGUUGUGAAAUUGUUCUUUCCGACACCCACUCUGGGAUCUCCACGUCGCCUCUCGUGAUCCGCAAGGUUGACAAGGGGCGCGUUUGCGCUGAAGAUGGGGGGCCUGUUAGCCAGAUGCAAAAAAUCGCUUUGCAGCGAGUCAAUCAGGAUGGCUCUAGACACUAUCUUUCAGCUGCUGGCCCCAUCCCAGGAACCCCCGGCGUUGUUGCCCCUCCUGCACCCGGAAUGUCCACACAAGCUGGAACGCAUCCUUUGCUCUUCCAAUCGCCUCGAAUACGCGAUGAAGUGAGAGAUGGUGAACGCAUCAUAUCGGACGAAGUUGAUGAUUACCUGUGCUGGACUAUAGUCGGAAUUUCCAAAUUCCAGUAUACGUUCUUCGAUGCCUUUGGACAGAACAGCAAUAUACCCGAGCUACCUAUUACUCCCUUCCCAACACUCUUCCAAGCGCCUGUAUAUCGUCCAGCGAACAACACUGUGGAGCUUACAGUGUCCAACUUUUUCUUCGAGAAUCCAAAAACUAGACAACAAAGCCCUCUGGACGUUUAUCUCGGUAACCUCGGGCCCCUCCGUCUUCGCGUUUACCAGGCGACACCACCAGGUCCGAUGACCAACGUAUCUCCGUACGGUCAAGCACCACACGGUCUUGAUGGUGGAGGACCAUCGUCGGAUAGCUUAGGACUGCCAAUCGGCGCAGCCAGUACGCAAAGAUAUGUGGCGUCAGGACCGUUGCACACGAUUGUCAUCGUCGAGAUGCCUCCAUUAACGGACGUUAUCAAAGCGUUGGAGGACGACGCUCUGCCAGCGCACUCUGACGGCUCCGCACCUGCCCGACAAAGUCCCGAACAAGCCAACCAAGAAGCGAGUUCGACUACUGCGCCCCCUCCGCCACCCUCCAUCGCCGGACGCAGUCUGCCCCUUUUGUUCAUCCGUGCUUCUGACGGCGUAGGUUAUCACUCGGGCCGAACUAUCGCAUGCGAAAAUGUUUUCCAAACCAUGGAUCUAGCAGGUAUCCCCGGGAAUCCGCCAAACGGUGUCCCAGGUAACAUUGAUACUGGAUGGUUAGCUGCGGCUCAGGCAGCAGCCGCAGCUGACGGAGGUUUGCACGGCUGGACUUUGAGGGUUAUGUGA